GGGUCGCUAAACAUGGCGGAUGUAAACAACAUGGAGCAAAAGCUUUCCAUAACAUGAUGUGUUUUGGACCUGCAUUCUCUUUUUAUAUCAAAUUUGUGCACAGAUAUUCAGAAUGAACCGGAGAAAUUUUUCUCGACCCUUCUCCGGAAGCAGAAAACCGAUGGUCUUUCCUGAACAAGAUGGCCUAUCCAGCCCUCACACACCUGUCCGACAACCUGUCAAGUUACUGAACAUCCAAAAUGAAAAUGUUGAAGACAAAGACUUGUCACAACUUCCACCAAAACUUCAGGGCAAACACAUGCUGGCCAGGCUCUAUGAUAGACCAGAGAUGGCCCAAGUUUAUAGGAACAUCAUUCCAUCAGUUGGAGCAAAUCAGGAAUUACAGCCCCAUCCUCCCAAAGCUGCUGAAACGGGUUCUGGGUCUGCAUUCAGAACAACAUUAUUCAAGCGGGAUUAUGCUGAUCGCCAGAAUGUUAUCAAAAACAAAUAUGACAGACAGAGUCCAAGUCAGCAGAUUCUUCCACUUAAUAGAUUGCCCAAGUUGGAACCGAGUAAACUUAGAUCACCCUUACCCAACAUAGAAUUAGAUGAGAAAGAAACCUCAGCAGUGCCGGCAGCAGAAGAUGUUGGGCAAACCCAGAUGCUUUUUGAGAGGAGGAGGAUGCCUGCCCCCCUUGAAAGACCAGGUGGUGGUGCCGCCUUACCACCUGCACCAGGCACGGCGCGAGAACGACGGCCUUCUUUUGAGAAACAGAAGCCGAGACGUGUACAGUCGGCCAAAAUUACCCAAGAUCCUUCUCUUGUUUUGACCUAUCUCAAGAAGAAUAUCUAUGACGAUGAAGCACCUGAAAAUGAUGAUGCAAUCUGGCACAUCACUGAGAUGCGGAGGAAACUAAAUUGGAAGACGGAGCUUCCUCGUCAUGGUCCGGCCUGCAGAGAGCAGAUGCGGUCACUGUUAAUCCUUGAAGGUGAAGACCCAGAUGAUGGUAUGGCGUUUGAUGCAGGUCCGUUUGUUCAAAGUAGUGAGAGAUUGACUGAAGAAGAGACGGAAGAAAAACAGAGGCUUGAGGAGGAGGUUGUCAAUCUUCACAAGGGCGUGGCAGAAAAUCUCCCCAGGAAAGAAGACAAUGGUCAAUUUGUCUAUUGUUUGCCAAGAAAUCGGCUCCAAAGUACGGCAAAAUAUGACCCGUAUGAUCUGCAGGUUGUCUCGCCAAAUGAGGCAAGGAUGUGCCAGGUGUAUUGGACUGUCAGUGCCUCCUCCAUUACACAGUGCAUCCAAGGGACCAAUAGUGAUGAAUCUAAUCGCACAUCCGUGUUGUUGUGGUUGUGGGAAAAGAGACUCGGCGAUGUCAUCUGUAAAAUACCUUUCUUUGCCAAAUUCAGAUUAAGAAAGAGUUACUUCUUGUGGCGGCAUAACAUGCGACAGCUGAAGAACGAUGACACACAGGCGAUAUUGACGAAGCGUCUGUUUACCGCCAAUGAGAUUCUUCAGGGUUGUAUCCUGCAUGUGCGAGGCAUGUGUGAAGCAGCCUCUGGGAGCCUGGAUGGCUUUGGUACAGGUCAUGCUGCAAUCAUCCUGGUCAACGUUGAUAAAUCCAUCAUGCAGACGUUACCUGAGUUCAUGGAGGUACAGCGUAAACAAGGGGAGCAUGCGCUUGAGCAGUUGAACGCGCUGAGGAAAAACGUAGUCGAUGUCGUUUGGGAGUCUUGCACGAGUGUCGCGGAAAUGGAAGGUGUGACUCAAGGAAUCCGGCAGACGGCACAAGCCAAGAAAGUCAAGAUAGAGGAGCCGGGGAAAAAAGGCAAGAAUGCAGUUGGAAAGAAGGCCAAAGCCGACAAGCCUUACUUUGCCCAGAUAGCCGAGUGGCGGAAGGUCCUUGCCCGCUUGGCAGACUUCCUUCGGGCAAUCGACAACCUGAUCCUUGAGCUGCUGCAGCGGCUUGUCAACACGGCCGUCAAGGUCCUGCUGCAGUUUUUCGCCGCGUCAUUCAGGAUGGGAGAGAGGCUGGAAAUAGAGGAAGAAGGCCUGGAUGAUGAUGAGGCAUUGAUGGAUGCUGAUGACAGUGGUUCAGAAGGAACCACAACGUCCAGGGGAACUAUCUCAUCAUCUCUUACAUCCAGGUCAAAAAGCCUGAGAAGUGUAAGUGAGAAGAGAGAACUAACCGAGGAUGAGAAACUAAAGGAGCUGCAGCUCCGCUGGGAGAGGGUACGCAAGAAGAAGGAAGAAGAAGACGAGGCACGCUCAACCAAAUAUAGGAUUCCACGAUUUGACUUUGACAAGAAGGAGGUGCUCACUGUAAUUCCUGAUGCAGAUGAUGUCCUGGAAGAGAUCAAACACCAGGAUGAUGUUGAGGAACCACCGGAACCAGUCUUCUCCCUUCAGUUGGUCCUGAACGUGCCAGCACCAAUCAUCAGCAGACGCUGUUCGGUCAAACGAGGUGUGAUCAACGUCGAUGUCACUGCGAGUGGUUCUGAUAAGAAAGUGGUAUCAUUUCCUGAUGAACCUGAACUUUCUGCUGAGUCAGAAACAGAAUCUGAGGAGAGUGCAUCAGAUGAAGAAGACAGUCCAUCUGCAAAGGAUGCAAACACACCAUAUGCCUAUAAUGAGCUUGAAAAGACGCCAUCCGGCAAGAGCAGUAUCCAGUAUGGAAAGUCAGCUGUGUUGCUCUCACCAACCGCGAAUGAUUUCAAGAACGGCAUCAGAACUGUUGUACAAACAUUUGAGAACACAGUCGGUCAAGUUGUCUCAAUGCUCCGAGAGCCUCGCCUAGCCGUCUUUUGCUCCGCCACCCCAUUCGAUCUCAAGUUGAACAUCGACCAGGAGGAGGAUGAAGACAAGGUGGUUGUGCCUUGGCCAAAUAAACAAAUGCUGUUCGGUGAUGACCCAGACUAUCAAGCUAUUGUCACAGAAGUCAUGGAGUAUUUAGAAGAGACUUUGGAUAGCGUUGAGGAGUUCUCAAAGAACUAUGAAACAUACUGCCAGAUGGUUGAUAAAGCUCGGAAGGUCGAUGUUGAUGCAUCAAUGGCCAAGAAGACAUGGAGUCCUGAUGACUUCUUACAAGUCCUCUCAACACAUACUGAGCAGGUGAACGAGAUGGAUGAGAUGAGAAAGGACAAGCGUCUGUACCUCAUUCACACACUGGUGGAGAACUUCUGUAAGUCGUGUCUGCCAUACCCCCAGUCUGUCCUCAAGGCUGUCGGGGACAGACUACCAGUUAUCGCCAACAGUCGCAACGAAGAUCUUCUUACUAUCAUCAAGGGAGCCUUGAAGAAGCUUGACUACACGCCAGUAUCCGUGGAGGAAUUUGUCGACCACUUAUCCUUCCUCGGUCGUAUGGUAUCUGAGCUGCCAGCGCUGGAGAAAGAGUUCAUCAUUGUCACCAAGAUGUUCACCAUAGCAAAGGACUUCAAUGUCCACCUUGUACCGGAGGAGCUGGCAUUGUAUCAGACACUUGCUCCAAGCUUCCAGCAUCUCAAGUCGACCAUCCUGUACUGCGAGGCAAAGAAAGAAGAAAAUAUCCGCAAAUACAGCGGUGACCUUGACACGCUCAUCCUGGAUAUCCGUCAACAGAUCUACGAUAUCAAGAACCGCGUCCUUGACCCCACGCUCCUCCACCAUGACACGCUGGCUGUAGUAGCGCUGGAGAACAUCAAGUAUCUUCAGGACGAGGUUGAGACCCUUGGCACCAAGGCCAGGAGUUAUGCCAAUUAUCAGGAACGCUUUGGGACCUCGAUGUCUUCAGGCAAGGGGAAGUAUACCGAGGAAUACAUGAUGAUGGAUUCCCGCGAUAGUGUGAGUGCUCAAGGUAUACAGAGUGAAAUCUCUGAGAUCGAGCGGGACCUGACCUUGCGGCGCCUCCUAUGGGAAUCAGUGGUGGACUUUAGCAAGAUGGUCUCUGAGUACACAGCUAUGGCGUUCGAGCAUGUCACUGUGGAGAGCUUGCAGAAGAAUGUCAACAGGUUUACACAGACUGUCUACAUGUUGGAGAAAGGCUUGCCCCACAAUGAGGUGCUACCCCGCUUGAAGGAGAAGGUGUUGGACUUCAAGCAGAGCAUGCCGGUCGUGACCAGUCUGCGUAAUCCGUCCCUCCGAGCAAGACAUUGGCAAGUAAUUGAGAAGAUCAUUGGCAAGGUCAUUGUAAGGGACAAAGGAUUCACUCUGGGAGACCUGCUUGCCAUGAAUAUCCUAAAACAUAAAGAUCGAAUCCAAGACAUCUCGACCACAGCCAGCAAUGAAGCCACACUGGAGAUCAUGCUACAGAAGGUCAUUGACCUCUGGCAGAGCACAGACUUCCGUCUGCUUCCUCACGCAGGUCGUGACACGUUCAUCAUCGCUGGAGCAGACGACAUCGUAGCACAGCUUGAGGAGAGCCAGGUUACCGUGGGAACCAUCCGCGGUUCUCGCUACGUCACACCAAUCAAGAACACGGUCGAGGAAUGGGAGCGGCGUUUGACGUUGUUUGCCCGGACGCUGGAUGAGUGGAUGAUAUGUCAGAGGAAUUGGCUUUAUAUUGAACAAAUAUUCAGUACUCCUGACAUUCAAAGGCAACUUCCAAAUGAAGCCAAACUCUUCAUCUCAGUUGAUAAGUCGUGGAAGGACAUAAUGAGACGGACAGAGGACAGGCCCAAUGCCCUCAAGUCUGCCACAGCACCUGGUGUUUAUGAAAUGCUUCAGUCGGCCAACGCCAACCUGGAGAAGAUACAGAAAUGCCUCGAGGAUUAUCUCGAGACGAAGCGUCUGGUCUUCCCGAGGUUCUACUUCCUCAGUAAUGAUGACUUGCUGGAUAUUCUGGCUCAGUCAAAAGAUCCUGAUGCAGUACAGCCACAUCUUGACAAGUGCUUUGGCAACAUCAAGAGUCUGGAGAUCCGUCGAGAAGCAAGGUUACCACCAACUGUUAUCACUAUCACCUCCUCUGAGGGUGAGGUUGUCUCUAUGCCAAAGAACGUACGUGCGAGAGGCCCAGUGGAGCAGUGGUUGGGAAGUGUAGAGAAUGGAAUGUUUGAGACGGUCAAGAAACAUCUCAAGAUGGGUUUGAUUGAUGUACUUGGUAUUGAUCAAGAGGUCUGGGUGCUCAAACAUCCCGGCCAGGUUGUCCUUACAGUCUCACAAAUCAUGUUCAAUAAGGAUGUCAGCUAUUGUUUCGGUUGUCACGAAGUGCGCAAGUCUCUGAUUGAUGUGAAGGAGAAGUUGGUGGCAUCCUUGAACAACCUAGCUGGGGUCGUUGGCAAGAACGUGCAGUCAUUCCAGCGGCUGAGUAUCGAGGCGUUGUUGAUUACCACUGUUCAUAACCGUGAUAUCAUCAUGGCGAUGAUUGAGAACAAAGUCGACAAGAAGGAUGACUUUGAAUGGAGAAAACAACUGAAAUAUGAAUGGGAUGAGCAGUCUAACAAUUGUAACGUCCUGCAGUCCAAUGCAACCUUCGUUUAUGGCUAUGAGUACCUGGGCUGCUCCCCUAGGCUAGUCAUCACCCCUCUGACUGAUCGCUGUUACUUGACCCUGACGGGUGCCCUUCACCUACAUCUCGGAGGCUCACCGGCUGGUCCUGCUGGCACAGGAAAAACAGAAACUGUCAAGGAUUUGGCAAAGGCCAUGGGAAAACAGUGUGUUGUAUUCAAUUGUUCUGAAGGGCUUGAUUUCAAGAUGUUGGGCAAGUUCUUCUCUGGUCUCGCUCAGUCUGGUAGCUGGUGCUGCUUUGAUGAGUUCAACAGGAUAGACGUGGAAGUGCUCUCGGUUGUGGCACAGCAGAUCCUCACCAUAAAGUCAGCUAAGGAUAGUGGCUCUCCAAGGUUCUUGUUUGAAGGAAGAGAUAUCAAGCUGAACACUACCUGUGGUAUUUUCAUCACCAUGAAUCCAACGUAUGCUGGCCGAGUAGAGCUCCCCGACAACCUGAAGUCGCUGUUCCGUAGUGUAGCCAUGAUGGUGCCCGACUACAACCUCAUCGCAGAGAUCAUGCUCUUCUCUGAGGGCUUCCGGGCUGCCAAGUCCCUGUCAAGGAAGAUUGUCAACCUGUACCAGUUGGCCAGCAAACAGCUCUCGCAGCAGGACCAUUAUGACUUUGGCAUGCGGGCGAUCAAGUCUGUGCUAGUGAUGGCCGGGCAGAGAAAGAGGGCCACGCAACAGCAGGAUGAUGUGACUAUAAGAGAGCUGACUGAAGAAGAGGAGUCCUACAUUCUGAUCCAUGCGCUGACCGACGCCAACCUCCCCAAGUUCCUGGCUGAGGAUGUGCCAUUGUUUGAAAGCAUCCUGGCUGAUCUCUUCCCCGGCGUGACGCCACCGCAGCCAGAGAUGAUAUUCAUGGAGAAAUCCAUCUCGAUGUCAAUUCGAGACCAGUCCCUCCAGCACUGGCCAAGCCAGAUUGAGAAAGUGAAGCAGCUGUACAACCAGCUGAUGGUUCGCCAUGGUGUCAUGUUAGUCGGCCCUACCGGUGGUGGAAAGACCACUGCCAGGGGCAUCCUACAGAGGGCGUUGGUGCUGCUGCCAUCUAUAUACUUGGAUGAGAACCAGAGCAUUGAUCCGGUGACGGGGAAACCGAAUCUUGUUGUCAACCGUGCCAAGAAAGGCCAAGUUGAGACGUUCACGAUCAACCCAAAGUGUAUCAAGUUGGGUGAACUCUAUGGGGAGACUGAUCCAAACACGUUUGAAUGGUCAGAUGGACUGAUCGCCAUGGCAAUGAGGAAGUUCUCAAAGGACACAAACACACAGGCUUGUCAGUUGGCAAGCGAUGAUUCAAGAUCGGUUGGUUCAGCUGCUGAGAGUACAGCUCCCAGGACUGCAUCUCAGUCUGAGGUAACAGAUUUGGAGUCGGCAGACGCAACAGCAAACGAUCAACAAGAUCAAGGCCAAGAUGCGUACACCCCUUGGAAAUGGCUGAUCCUCGAUGGCCCUGUGGACACCCUGUGGGUUGAGAAUCUCAACACUGUCUUGGAUGACUCGAAGAUACUUUGCCUGGCCAACGGUGAACGCAUCAGUUUAACGUCUGGUAUGAGGCUGAUUUUUGAAGUGGAUAAUCUGUCUCAGGCUAGUCCAGCUACCAUUAGCAGAUGUGCUAUGGUCUACAUGGAUCCUGUCGACCUUGGUUGGCGCCCCUACGUGAGGACCUGGUUACAAAGAUUGGGACGAAAUAUACCAGAGAUGGGCAAGAAACACCUGGAGGCUCUCUUCAAUCACAGCAUGGAUCGAGGAUUGGAUUUCGUUUCUCAGAACGCCAAAGAGCAACUUGUGCCCGCCCCUGAGAUGAGUCUUGUGAUGUGUCUGUGUAACAUACUCUCGGCAUUCUUUGAUUUCAUCAACAAACAUGGAGGAUUUGCAAAGCCAGACUUUGAAACUGCAAGACAAGGUUCAGACACUGAAGAGGAGGCAAAGUCAAGUACCAUUAAACAGAAAAAGAGUAAGAGGACAUCAGGGAAGAAGGCGUCAAAGUCUAGUAGUCAAGCUGGUCUUGAUCAGGCAAAUGGAAAGUCGAAGGUUUACUACAUCCAGAAGAACCCGAACCAGUUUGAGACGAUGCUGGGUAAAAUGUUUGUCUUUGCUUACGUCUGGAGUAUUGGUGGCAACUUCAAGAGACAGGAGGAACAAGAUGUCGACAUAUCAUUGACGCAGAAAAGUGGAGAGAAAUCAGACCGACCGUUCUUCGAUGUUGCCAACGAGUUUGACAAUCUUGUGCAUGAGUUGUUUGACAUUGAACCUCCACUGGGUAUUCGUCUCCCUGCUGGUAGCAAGUCCAUCUACAGCUACUUCCUGGAUAUGGAGUCUGGCAACUUCGUCUCCUGGGACGCGAUGGUCCCAAGCACACACUCCCUCAUUGAGCGUGGGACUGUGAUCACCAUUGGAGAGAGUAUGGGAAUUGGAGGCGACCAGAAGAAGGGACAGUCCCAUGAGGAUGAGAUCGUACCAACGGUUGAUACAGUCCGCUACACUUUCUUGACCAGUCUGCUGGUACUCAGUAAGAACCCUGUCCUUCUCAAUGGUGAAUCUGGCGUUGGGAAAUCUGCGAUAAUCCACGACAUGCUGAAGAGACUUGGCAAGGAGGGCGGUACUGGCUUCAAGAAUCAGACCAUUCUCGGCGAUAUCUUCAACUUUGCUGACAAGAAUCGAGCACUUCUGGACAACAUCAGCAGUCUCACCAAGAUGUCAGAAGACACAGACAUGAGUAAGGAUAUGAACAUCCUUCUUGGAACCAGUCGUCCCAAAGUGACCGCAGGCAUCAUCCAUUCGUCCCUCCAGUUCAGUGCCCAGACGACGUCUGCCCGAACCCAGGCACAGAUCACAUACAAGCUGAUCAAGAAAGGGAAAGAUACGCUUGGGGGUCCUAAGGGGAGAAAGGUGGUUGUGUUCGUGGAUGACUUGAACAUGCCGGCCCAGGAACAGUACGGAGCCCAGCCUCCCUUGGAACUUCUCAGGCAGUUCUUAGAUAUUGGAGGAUUCUAUGACACUCAGAAACUUGUCUGGAAGGACAUUCUUGAUGUUACCCUGGUAGCAGCCUGUGGCCCACCGGGAGGUGGCAGAAACCAGCUCAGUCCAAGAUUACUCAAACAUUUCUGCAUGUUAGCCCUCCCCCAGCCCUCCACAAGGUCCCUUCAGCACAUCUACCAGGUCCAACUCGGACAGUUCCUCCAAGAAAAUGAGUUCAUGCCGGAAGUCAAGGAGAGCCUCUUUUCCAUGGUCUCGGCCAGUAUCGCCAUCUAUUAUCGUAUGUGCGCAUACAUGAGGCCUACGCCAGCGAAGGUUCAUUAUACAUUCAACAUAAGGGAUUUGUCCAAGGUGGUCUACGGUUUGUUCCAAGCAGAUGAGGGCAUCAUUGUGAACAAGGACAAUUGUGCCCAGCUCCUCGCUAACGAAGCAACAAGGGUGUUCCAUGAUCGCCUCAUAAAUGCCGAGGACAGAGAAAUCUUCUACAAGAUUCUGGCUGACAACUUGCAUGACUACUUCAAGGUAAGAUGGACUCCAGAGCGGUUAUUGAAUGAACCAGUUGUGUUCUGCGACUUCCUGGACUCCGGCGGCUCAACUCGGGCGCGUGUUUAUAGGCCUAUCUCGGACAACAGCAAGCUGGCUCAGAUCAUGGAGGAAUUAUACAUGCGACAGAAUGCAGGCAACACCCAGGCAUCCCAGAUGGUGUUCUUCAAGGAGGCUAUUGCUCACAUCGUACGGGCAGCCAGAGUCUUCAGACAGCCAGGGGGGCAUAUGUUACUAAUUGGCAUGGAUGGUACUGGCAAAGCUACAACAGUUCAGCUGGCCUGUUAUGUCUCAGGAGCAGAACUGUUCCAGCUGACCUUGACAAAGACAUACAGCAUCGUCGACUUUCGCGAUGAUUUGAAGAUGGUGUUUAAGAAGAGUGGUGUCCAAGGUCUUAAUAUGGUGUUCCUCUUGACGGACAGUGACAUUGUCAAUGAGACCUUCUUGGAGGAUAUCAACUGCAUCCUAAACUCGGGUGAAGUGCCUGAUCUUUUUGAUAAUGAAGAGUUGGAUGGUAUUGCUAUCAAUCUCAAGAGGGCAGCAGCAGAGGCAGACGUGCCUGACACACGGAAUGCGGUGUAUGAAUUUUUCAUUCAGAGAGUCAAAAAGAACCUUCACGUUGUCCUCACGAUGAGUCCAGCUGGUAAUAAGUUCCGUCAGCGAUGCCGCAUGAAUCCUGCAUUGAUUAACUGUUGUACCAUUGACUGGUAUGAUGAAUGGGAUGAACCCGCCAUGCUCAGCGUCGCACAAGUCUACUUCCAGAAUGCACAUUUCAUCUCGCAAACAGGAAAGGAUCUAGCUGUUCUGAAGGAGAGUGUGUCUGAUGCGUGUGUCAGGAUCCAUCUGGACAUCACCAAGGCAACCAGACUGUUCUGGGAGGAGAUGAGGAGACGAUACUACACGACCCCAAGCAGCUUCAUGGAACUGAUCAAAAUCUAUGCCAAGAUGUUGGAAGAAAACAAAACAGAAUUUGUCAAUAGCAGGGAUCGUCUGCUCGGAGGCUUGAACAAACUAUCCGAGGCCAACUCGCUUGUCGGGACCAUGCAGGAGGAACUGGUCGCCCUAGGCCCGAGGAUUGAAGAGAAAGCCAAGGAGACAGAGGUGCUCUUGAAACAGUUGGAGAAAGACCAGGUGGCUGUGGAGGAGGUCAAGGCCAUUGUGGAGAAAGAGAGGGAGAUUAUGGCGAAGGAGACACAAGCUGUCCAUGACUAUGCUGAUGAAUGCCAGCGUGAUCUUGCCUCUGUGUUACCAGCGCUACAGACAGCUAUAGCUUCAUUAGAUGCUCUCAACAAGGCUGAUAUUGCAGAAAUCAGGGUGUACCAAUCACCUCCAAUCCUGGUGAAACUGGUGCUGGCGUCUGUUUGUGUUUUGAUGAGGGAAACACCUGAUUGGCAGACGGCAAAGAAGUUGAUGGGAGAUCAGUUGUUUCUCACCAAGCUUAUCCAGUUUGAUAAGAACAAUCUCCCUGAAAAGGUUUUCUAUAAGCUGAAGAAGUAUACAACCCAUGAUGAUUUUAACCCUGAGACUAUCGGCAAGGUGUCCUUGGCCUGCAAGUCGAUCUGCCAGUGGGUGUUGGCUCUUGAGCAUUACAAUGAAGUUCACAAGAUGGUGAAACCAAAGCAGAAGCGUGUGUCGGAGGCUAAAGAAGCAUUACAGCUAGCUCAGGAAAGUCUACAACAGAAAGAGGAGAGUCUGAAUAAGAUUAUGGACCACUUGACGAUGCUGCAAGGGCAAUAUCAGGACAGUGUGAACCAGAGAGAGGAGCUGAAACAGAGGAAGGUGUUGACUGCUGUCAGGUUGGAGAGGGCGUCCUUACUGAUUGAGGCGUUGUCUGGGGAGAAGGAUCGCUGGAAAGAGAUGGCAGAGGGUCUCGAUUUUCGCCUGAAAGGACUGGUUGGUGAUACCCUUGUGUCUGCUGCUACUGUUGCCUACCUCGGUGCAUUCACCGCCAAGUACCGGAAGGAACAGAUUCAGGUGUGGGUCAACAUGUGUAAAGAGGCGGACAUUCCAAUAUCGGAGGAGUAUGACUUUGUUAGGAGUAUCGUGGAUGCUACACAGGUGUUGCGCUGGCACAACCUUGGCCUUCCCAAUGAUACUCACUCGACAGAGAAUGCCGUCAUUGUGAAGAAGAGCAGAAAAUGGCCGCUUUUGAUUGAUCCCCAAGGUCAAGCUUCCAACUGGAUCAUGCAAAUGGAAGGACAUAACCUGAAGGUUGUGGCAGCAUCUGACCCACAGUACAUGAGGACCAUGGAGAGAGGCAUGAGAGUUGGGGAAGCUGUUCUACUUGUGGAUGUUGGUGAGACCCUGGAUCCCUCCCUGAAACCCAUCCUGCUCCACGAGACCUUCACCCGCGGCGGACACAAGCUGAUAAAGAUUGGUGACACGGAGAUAGAGUACAAUGAUCACUUCAGGUUAUACCUCGCCACCUCGAUGAGCAACCCACAUUACCUGCCUGCCGUCUGUAUACAGGUCACCAUCAUCAACUUCACGGUCACAUUCGAUGGCUUGCAGGAACAGCUGCUGUCCAGUGUGGUCAGACAGGAAAAACCCGAGCUAGAGGAGGAGAGAGGUGAACUGCUGGAGAGCAUUGCUGCUGACAAGCAGUUACAGAGAGACACAGAGGAUAGGACCCUUUAUCUCCUGAACAAAACUGAAGGGAACAUUCUUGAUGAUCAGGACCUGAUCUCGGUGCUGCAGAAAUCCAAGGGUAUGGCACGUGAGAUCCUAUCAAGGGUCGAGCAGUCAGAGAGGGCAGAGCAGAACCUCAAUAAUGCUAGGAAGAAAUACCUACCGGUUGCCACCAGAGGAGCCACCCUCUACUUUGUCCUGGCAGACCUGUCGGGAAUCGACGUCAUGUACCAAUUCUCCCUAGACUGGUUCCAGAAUCUCUUCAUCGACUGCAUCGAGAGUGUCAAUAUUGAUGAGUCAAGCCCACCUUCUGCUCACAGAACCAAACGUAUCAUGAGUGGACGACCGCCCUCAUCCUCAAGCAGACGCUCAAAGGGUGAUUUCACCAAGCACAUGAUAGCCAUGAUUGACCAAUUGACUAUCAGUGUAUAUCAGAUCGUCUCGGUGGCCAUGUUUGCACAUCACCAGUUGAUGUUUUCCUUCAUGUUGUGUACGAGUAUCAUGCGGUCUCAUGCGAAGUACGGUUCAUCGCUCGUGGAUAAGCCGGGCAGUCUUGAAGAUCUUGAGUGGACCGUCUUCCUCCAGGGGUCCAUCAUGGCGAGUAUAAUGGAUGAAGAAACCCUCGCUAAGCAUGAUGGAAUGAGCCCUCUUCAGCGCCUUGAAUACAUGGGUAAAACAGAGAAGAUACCGCGGCCGCAAUGGGUGACAGAGGACAUGUGGAGACAAUGCCAACAUCUUGAGGCUACCCUUGAGCCGUUUGGCCUGCUGUGUCGAAGUGUCUUGAAUAACCACAUACAGUGGGAGAGUUUCCACUCAGCUGAAGAUCCUUACCAUCUGAUGGAGACAAAGUACGAGUCAGCAGGAGAGGUAACACGAGCAGACACGCCAUCUAGUGCCAAGAGUCAUGACAGCAUCCGAUCCAGGAAGUCCGACUCCUCACAUUCCAUCUCGUUCCCGUGGGAUCUAUUGACACCGAUGCAGCGCCUCCUGCUAAUCAAGGUUCUCAGCCCGGCAUUGUUGACGUCGUCUGUCCGUGAUUUCAUCGAGGAGCAGAUGUCGGGCCAGUACUUGUAUUCACGCGAGUUUGACCUGAAGGAUAUGUAUGAGGAAUCGACGGCACAGACGCCGAUCAUAUUCAUCUUGUCACCAGGGUCUGAUCCAACACAACAGCUGUUCAGAUUCGCCAAGGAUCUGCGAGGUAGUACUCUUCAUCUGGACAUGAUAUCGCUCGGCCGAGGACAGGGACCAAAGGCUGAGGAACUCAUCUCUAAAGCACAGAUCCUGAAGGGGCGUUGGGUUUUCUUGCAGAAUUGCCACCUUGCUGCAUCAUGGAUGCCAAAGCUUGAGACCAUUGUGGAAGGUUUCCGUAAACCGAAUGCAGAUGUUGAUCCUCAGUUCCGUCUGUGGCUGAGCUCGAAGCCAGAUCCUUCAUUCCCGAUUUCUAUACUGCAAACUGGAUUAAAGAUGACGGUUGAACCACCGCAGGGCUUGAAAAAUAACCUCCUGCGUUCAUUCGGCAGCGGAGGAAGUGGGGCAGUGACGGAGAAGCUCUACCAGGAUGACACCGGAGACGCCGCCUGGAGGAAUCUACUCUUCGGUUUAUGUUUCUUCAACGCUGUUAUACAUGAGAGGAAGAAGUAUGGAAGUCUUGGAUGGAACAUUCCAUAUGGAUUCAAUGAUUCUGAUCUCGAGGUGUCGCUGCUUCAACUGGAGAUGUUGCUGAAGGAACAUGAGGAGGGUGUGCCCUGGGCAGCACUCCAGUAUCUGACCGGUGAAGUGACGUAUGGUGGCAGGGUGACUGACGACUGGGACAGACGCUGUCUCCACAGUUUACUCCACCGGUUCUAUUGUCCAGAGUCUUCGGAGGAGGGAUAUACGUACUCUCCUGAUGGGGUGUACCACCCUGUCUCUGCCAACUCAACUUUCAACGACGUCAGAACAUACAUUGAGAGUUUACCCAAUUCAGAUAGUCCUGAACUCUUUGGAAUGAAUGACAAUGCUGAACAGGCCUACCUACAGCAGCAGGCCAGAGAGCUGGUGGAGACAAUAGCCAGUGUGCAGCCCAGGCUUGCUGCUUCUCUCAUUGCGCCUGGUAAGACGAGUGAUGAACUGGUGCUGGACAUAGCUUCAGACAUCAUGCGUCAGCUCCCAGAAGAGAUACAAGAUACAGAGGAUGGUCAAGAGGGCGGCUCAAAGUCCAAAAGUCCCAUUAACCUCAACAAAUUGAUGAGGUCUGGCAUUAGGGCUGAUCUAAGAGCUCGACGAGGACAAACAAAUUCAACAAAAAAGCCUGCGAAAUACACAUCUGAGGCUGAAGCAGCCAUCGUACAUGAGCUGUCGCAGUCUGCCCUGAUUACCGUACUGAGACAGGAGGUCGAUCGUUUCAACACACUGCUAUUGAUUAUCCACAAGUCACUCAAGGAACUCUGCCUGGCUGUCAAGGGUGAGGUGGUGAUGUCAGAGAGCCUGGAGGAAGCGUAUAACUCCUUGUUGGUGCAGAAGGUACCAGAACAAUGGAAGAAUGCCUCCUAUGCGUCAUGUAAGAGCCUAGGCCCCUGGGUGCAUGAUCUGGUCCAGAGGGUGGACUUCUUCAGUCACUGGCUGGAGCUUGUCUUGGCCAAGGUCACAAUGACAUUGAAGGUGGCCCAGGGUCAGCAGCCAGCCAAGCCCUUCUCUGCGUCUUCGCCAGAAGAGAUGGAUGUGAUGAGAUACUAUCCGAGGAGCUAUUGGUUGUCAGCAUUCUUCUUCCCACAAGGUUUCCUGACUGGGGUUCUUCAGAAUCACGCCAGGAGGAUUGGUGUCUCUGUUGACUCUCUCGUGUUCGACUUCGAGGUUCAGGAAAACAGCAUUGAUAAAGAUGUUAUCUAUGACAUCACGCGUAAGGUCGAUGUCAAGACAAAGGCAUUUAAGGGUCCUCCUCCACCUGAUGACGGUGUACUGGUGUUUGGUCUGUACAUAGAUGGCGCUUGCUGGGACCUCGAGAACAAAACGUUACAUGACUCUCUUCCCGGUGAACGCUUUUCGCAUCUUCCUGAAAUUCACUUUAUACCAAAGCAGGUGAUUGUUCACAGUCCGUCGAAGUCUGAGAGCACCAGAGCCUCCAUAUCCAGCCAGCACAGCUUAGCAGACUCCCAUCACACUUACGAGUGUCCGUUGUAUCGUACAUCAGCGAGAGCUGGUUCACUCUCUUCUACAGGACAUUCAACAAACUUUGUGACAUCGGUCAAUGUGCCUUCUGACCAGAGCCCAGACUUCUGGAUCAUGAGAGGUGUGGCACUCCUGUGUCAGUUAGACUCUUAGACCUUCAGAGAUGCCUUGAUUACCGGUAAAGUUUGAUUGACAUCUGACAAAAAAUGUCAGAAUUUCUCUCAUGGCAUACUUCCAGCUGGUACCCUGGCUUGGGCAAAGUGGGUCAGGUGUGUACUUGUACGUUGUUUUAACUCUGAAAGUUAAAGACAACAAGUACUUCAAAAAUCUGACAAGAUUGCAAUUAGUCACUUAGUUUUUUCAAUCAAACAUUGUUGAUAUUUGAUCCGUCCGUGACCCAGUUUUACAAAUUCAAGUGUUUAAAAUUGAUCUCAUAAAGAAGUGAGAGCUACUUGGAAUAAUGCACAAGCUCUGAUGAAAUAAUCAAAAGAAACAGCUGUGCAUUAGUUGUUGUUUUGUCAAUUGGGUGUGACCAGCCAUUUUGGGAUAUUGGUAUCAA